AUGACAGAUCCUUCCUACAAGGGUCAAAUUUUAUGCUUCACUCAACCAUUGAUUGGAAAUUAUGGUGUCCCCUCAUCGACAGCAAAGGAUCAAUUUAACUUACUCAAGCACUUGGAAUCACCUCUUGUUCAGUGCAUAGGGAUAGUUGUCGCGGAUGUUGCCUUAGAGUACUCUCAUUGGACCGCUGUUGAGUCACUUCAACAAUGGUGCCAAAGAUCCGGAGUUGCUGCAAUAAGCGGAGUUGACACUCGUCAACUAGUGAGCUACUUGAGAAACAAAGGCUCUUCGUUGGCGAAAAUAAGUAUUGGGGAAGAAUAUGAUGCUGAUGAGGAUGAGGCAUUUGAAGAUCCUGGAUCUAUAAAUUUGGUACGUCAAGUUACUACAAGGGCUCCUUUUCAUAUAAGAUGUCCUGAGUACUAUAACAAAGGAUAUCACAUUGCUGUGCUUGACUGUGGAGCAAAGGAAAACAUCUUGAGAAGUCUCGUAGAGAGAGGAGCUUCCUUGACAGUGUUCCAAUAUGAUUACCCCAUACAAUCCAUAUCUAGAAAGUUUGACGGACUCUUCAUAUCCAACGGUCCAGGAGAUCCGACACACUGUUCUCAAACCGUUUACAAUUUAAAGCAGACGAUGGCUUCAAAUUCUCAAUUGCCCAUAUUUGGUAUCUGUUUAGGUCAUCAGUUACUAGCCUUGGCUAGUGGUGCAAGAACUGUUAAGUUGAAGUAUGGAAAUCGCGCGCAUAACAUACCUGCUUUAGAUCUUUUUACGAAGAAAUGUCAUAUAACAUCGCAGAAUCAUGGAUAUGCCGUGGACGCUUCGACGUUGACUGCAGAAUGGGAACCGUACUUCCUCAAUCUCAACGAUCUAUCUAAUGAGGGCAUGCGUCACAAAUCCAGACCUGUUUUUUCAACUCAAUUUCACCCUGAGGCUAAGGGUGGUCCAUUAGACACCUCUUACUUAUUCGACAAGUUCUUUGAGAAUAUCGAACAAUACAAGCUUGAUCGCGGUGCGGAACAGAGAGGCAUUGCCGACUCUUUGAUCGCGGACAUUUUACCCUCUCAGAGAGUUCUUUAA